AUGAUGUAAUCCGAUUAUAAGCCAAAAAAGAAAAUUUCCAAAUUAUAUUGCUUAAAUAAUCAUUUCAAUUUUUAUGAUAGCAACUAUUUUACGUAAAAAGAGAUUAUUGGAGUUUGUACAAAAUUAGAAUGUAAAGAAAAACUAGUUUGUGAUGAAUGUAAAGAUACCAAUCAUUAAGAUCAUAUUGAACUGAUAAAAACCUAUGAAUAAUUACAAGACUAUUUUAAGCAUUCUUAUAGUGCUAUAUCUACUGUCAACAUUGAGGCCUUAUAAGAAUAAUUUAUUUUACUUUAAUAAUAAGUUUUGGAUUAUAUUAAUAAACUUGAAAACUAGUUUAAUUUAAAUUACAACUUAUAUAAAUAACUUUAAUAAAUUCAUGAUAUUAUAACACUUAUAUAAGAAGAUCGAUAGCUUGAAAUAACGAAUGAAUAAUUUCAUUUUUUCUUUUAAUUUGCGAAUUAUUAGUCAUUAAAUUUGUGUGGAUUUGAAUAUAAAUACAAAUCGUUGUAAAAUUAUAUGGAAACAUCAAUAUAAUGCUUAGAGAAAUUAAAUAAAGCAUUUUAAACUUAAUCUUAAGAUUUCAAUUUCUAACAAAUAAUAAAUUAACAUGUUAAUUUAAAAAAAAUAAAAGAUUUUUAUUUACAAAAUCCUUUGAAUUAUUCUUAAAUACCAUGUGAAUUAAAUUUUAAUAAUUAUGUAUAGAUAAAAGAAUUUUAAAACUAAAAUGAAAUUUAUUAUGGAGAAGUUGAUGAAAAAAGUUAAAAACAUGGAAAAGGUAAAUAAAAUAUUAUAGCAAUAUAGGAAUUUAAAUAUAAAAAAAAGGAGAUAUAAUAUAUGAAGGUAUUUGGUAUGAAAACUAAUUAAAAUGGGGUUAAAAAACCUAAUUCAAUGAAUUAUAGGAAUGUGUAAUUUUUAAGGGAUUGAUGAAAGAAAAAAAACUUAAUGGUUAGGGAACUAAGAUAACAUCAUUUGGAGAAAUGUAUUUAGAAUAUAUAUAAAAAUAGUUAUGAAGGAUAUUUUGUAGAUGAUAAACUUAAUGGAGAAGGUUAUUCAAAGACAAAUGAUGGAGAAAUGUAUUAAUAAAAAAUAAAAAAAAUUAGUUAUAAAGGAAAUUUUAAAGAGAAUAAAAGACAUGGAAAAGGAGAACUUGUUAUUAAUGAUGAAGAAUUGUAAAUCUAAAAUAAAAUUAGGUAUAUUGGAUCUUUCAAAAAUGGAAAAAAAAAUGGAGAUGGAUUUUUAACUCUAAAAAAUGGAGAUAUGUAUUGAAUUUAUUAAAUUAAGUUAUUCUGGGGGAUUUUAAGAUGAUAAAUUUCAUGGAUAAGGUAUUUAUACUGUCAAAAAGGAUAAUUCAAGUAAAAUUAAUAAAAUAUAUAGACUAUAAAGGAAAUUUUUAGAAUAAUAAAAAACAUGGAAGUUUUGAAAUAAUUUAUAAUGAUAAUUCAAUGUAUAAAUAUAUAAUACUUAAAGGGAACAUGGAAUGUUUUAGAAUGAUAUAAGACAUGGAUAGUUUAGAUUAUAUUCCCCUAAUGAAUAAACACCAUUGAAAGUUGUCUAAUAUAACAGUGGUAAAAUAAUAAAAUGA